UCACACUAGCACGUUAUCUUACACUUUCCCUCUAUCGCCAGAAGCGACAAAUGAUGACGUAAUCAGUUGGCGGGACAGCCGAGGCAAAACAAAAAAUAGUUGGUAGAGCGCGCGCCAUUUUCUUUUAUUGGUGAGUUGUGGAAGUUUCAAUCUACCUGUUUGACCAUGGCGAGUGAAGUAACGUUAGUCGGUGAAAACGACGGAGCCCGGGCACUGGCAGCCGAUAUCCAAGUUGAAGAUCCCCAAGAUAGGGAAAACUCAGAGAUUGCUUCUGUUAGUGUCUCUGGUUUGGGGUCCGGGAAGGGGGCCCACUCCCGUGAGGUAAGGCGUCGACUGCUGCCACCCAACCCAGAAGGCGAUGAUACUGACGAGAGCGAAGAUGCCCUUCCCCUGCCUGCCUUUUAUGUGUCUGAAACCAGAUUUAGUGAGGAGGAACGGGUGGAACUUUACUGUCGACAGAUCUUAGCAGGGUACAAGGCAGAAGAAGCAGAUGAAGCUAUGAGCAAGUACCUUUUAGAGAAAUUGAAAACAAAAGAUACAUGGCUUGGGAUCUGGAAUACCAAUCCAGAGCUGUUCUUUGCAAGUUACAAAAAAGAAUUGAUUCCAUAUGUUGGCAUUUUAGUUCAGGUGACUUGCAAACAUGAACAGACUUCAUAUCCUUUAAAGGCUACUGUAUCUCUAGCAAAGCGGUUUUCCUCCAAUAUUUCUAACCUUCCAAGAGAACUAGUUGAAAAAGUUUUGGAAGAACUAGACCAUUGUGUGCCUUUGCUAGAAAUCUAUCCUGUCAAAGGGCAGGACUCUGCAGUUUGUACAAUUGCUCAGAGUCUAGAGAUAGCAAGUGAACAGAACACAGCAUUUGGAGCCAUUGUUGUGCUAAAAGAGCUAAAACGUGUUGGACCAAGAAAGCUGCUGACUGAGUGCCAAAAACCAAGAAUCUUGGUGCUUAUUUUGCACAGCAUAGUAGCAAGGUCAGUGUUAGCAUUUGGGGGCCCACAGCAAAUGUCAAGUUGGUGUAAGUAUCAUCCUAUCACUGCCACACCUAAGUAA